AUGAUAGUAUUCCUUCAUGCAUCAACCAAUAACAGGGCUUCAACUGUACUGCAGUAUUUCCAGUCAGCUGUUGAGCACUACAAUUUACCAUCAAGAGUUCGCAGUGAUCUUGGGAUGGAAAACAUUGAAGUUGCUCGCUUCAUGCUGCAAGAAAGAGGUUUACAUAGAGGCAGCCACAUCACUGGAAAAUCCGUUCAUAACCAAGGAAUAGAGCGACUCUGGUGUGAUGUCAACCGGGUUAUUGUGAGCUGCUUUUUUAACAUUUUCCUCUUCCUUGAGCAGAGUGGAAUUUUAGAUCCAACAGACGAGGUGCAUCUGUUUUGUCUUCAUCUUGUGUACAUUCCACUGAUUAAUAAUGCAAUCAACCAAUUUAUCGGUCAGUGGAAUAAUCAUCCUGUAAGCACACAAUGCAAUUUCUCUCCCAAUCAGCUCUGGAUACAAGGAAUGUUAAAUUCCAGAAAUUCUGGAUAUCAGGUUGUGACAGAUGUGACUGCCACAGAGGCUGUUAAUUUUGACCAUUAUGGGAUCGAUGAACAAGGGCCUGUACCUGAUGUGCAGAGUGACUAUGCAGUUUCGGUACCUGACACAAUUACUACUCUGACACAUAACCAGGAAUUGUCACUGCAAGAAGCUAGAGAUGCAGUCUUCCAAACUGGUGAUCAUGAUGGAAUCAUAGCCUACCAAGUGGUAUUGCAGAUUGCUUCUUUUUAUUUAAACUGUUGUUCAUGAUUUAUAGUAUUGACUUCAUGUACAUGGAAUAUGAACUCUGCAUACAGUUACUAUAAGUUGUUUACUAUUAAACUUGAGAUCUAGCCUUGAUUUGCAGUCACUCAAAGCUGUGGCAACAUUGCAUGCAUAAUGGCUAUUGCAGAGAAGUUUAUACUCUUAUCACUGAGCUCUUGUAAGCUCUUCUUGUUACUGUUUGUCAUGGUGUUAACGAAACAGUUAAUUUGCUGAGUAACUUGAAACUUGAACUUUGAACACAGAACAUUUUCUACUAUAAGUAACCUACACAGAAUGGAAAAUUUUCUUGUUUUAUACGAAGGGUCCACUGGCACAUUUUCCUUGA